CAUUCCAAACUCCGAAUGAAAAGCCGGCUCCUAUUGGCCCGAAAAGCGCGGCUGGCUAGCAACGACUUUUGCGAUUGGUCGAUCGGCAACGUCCACCACCGUCGCCAUCUUACGGCGUGCACGCCCAGCGCUUGCAAAUCUCCCCGGUCUGGCGGCGCGGUGGCCCAGCUAGCGACGGAAAAAAAAUAUAUCCCUCCUCGCGCCGUCUGGCGUUGUGCUGUGCCUCGGAUAGCCCGUUAAAAAACAAAAGCGGCUGUAUUUCGCGGCUGGCUACACACACAAUGGCUGCGUUCCAGGGUCCCGCGUACGGAUUAAGCCGGGAAUGCAUGCUAAAGGCACAGGCGAAGUUUGAAAUGCCGCGAGCCGUCGAGGCUCUGGACUGGAUUAAAGCGGUCACUCAGCUUGACCUGGAGCCACCAAACUCGGAGAAAGGAUUUCAGGACCAACUCGACUUCGCGGACGUCUUGAAAGAUGGGACAGCGCUUUGCACGCUUAUUAACAAACUUCACCCCGGUUCCGUGCCAAAGAUUAACACAAUGAAAGCACCAUUUAAACAGAGGGAGAACUUGGAGAUGUUUCUCAAGGCUUGUGAAAGUUAUGGGCUCAAAUCGCACGACCUCUUCCAAGUGAACGAUUUGUACGAAAGGAAAAACCUCUACAUGGUUGUCAACUGCAUGUUUGCGUUAGGUGGUUUGGCGAAGAAAAAGGGCUACCCGGGACCCACGAUCGGAGUCAAGGUAGCCAACGAAAACCCACGAGACUUCACCACGGAGAAGUUGCAGCUGGGCAAGACCAUCAUCGGACUACAGUCAGGCACCAACAAGGGCGCGUCGCAGGCCGGAAUGACGCCAUACGGCGCGUCGAGGCAGAUCCUACCGGACGGGCGAUGAAUGGAUUGGUCCGUCCCGCGCGCCUCCGACAACGAUGAACCGACUCAUCUCUGCAUCAAUCUUUCUCCUGCACCAUCGAAUUUACGCAGAAAGUGUUCUCGUGCGAUGCAUCUCCUUCUGAAGUGUCGUCCGCAAGUGGCCAGACGCUUGGCUGGUGGUAUGUGCCAACUUCUGGAAUAGUUAGGCGUGCUCUACCGUGGUCUUCGAACGGCCGUUAAUGGUUCUAUGCUGACCCAUCGCUGCGACAGUUCUUCUUUCACCCGGAGUCAAGCCUCACGAAGCCUUCAUCCCCGGAACCUUCUAGUUCGUUGCACCAGCCUUGUACAAGUAGCAGAACUCUUUUAUUUUUUUAUCGUUUAUUUUUCUGCCAUGUCAGUGUUUCUGAAGUAUUGCGUCUUCUCCUGGAUUCCUCGGGAAGGCUUAGUUAAUGAAAUUAGGAUUUUGAAAUAUAAAAGAAGGCAUAGUAUUGACGUGUUGAGUAUCUGUGUUAGCUUUUGCUGUUGCUUCAUUUAAAUAAAUAAUGAAAAGAGAGAG